AUGCCUCAGUUUCUGCCUCUCACCUGCCUCAUCAUCAUGGUCAUACCUUUGUCCCCAAUGGCCCUCGAUCCUUGCACUGCUUACAUCAGUCUGACUGAGCCCUGGAGAAACACUGACCACCAGUUAGAUGAAUCUCAAGGCCCACCACUGUGUGACAAUCAUGUGGACGGGGAAUGGUACCGCUUCACCGGCAUGGCAGGAGAUGCCAUGCCCACCUUCUGCAUACCAGAAAACCACUGUGGAACCCACGCCCCCAUGUGGCUCAAUGGCAGCCACCCCCGGGAAGGGGAAGGGAUCGUGCAGCGCCAGGCGUGUGCGAGCUUCAACGGGAACUGCUGUCUCUGGAACACCACAGUGGAGGUCAAGGCUUGCCUCGGGGGCUACUAUGUGUACCGUCUCACCAAGCCCAGUGUCUGCUUUCACGUCUACUGUGGUCACUUUUAUGACAUCUGUGAUGAGGACUGCCCGGGUGGUGGCUGUCUGGAGGCCAGCGAGUGCACAUGCGCGCCAGGAACCGUGCUGGGCCCCGACCGGCAGACGUGUCUGGAUGAAAAUGAGUGUGAACAAAACAACGGUGGUUGCAGUGAGAUCUGUGUGAACCUCAAGAACUCAUAUCGCUGUGCCUGUGGGGUUGGCCGUGUGCUGAGAAGUGACGGCAAGACUUGUGAAGACAUCCAAGGGUGCCACAAUAACAAUGGUGGCUGCAGCCAUUCCUGCCUCGCAGCAGAGAAGAGCUAUCAGUGUGGGUGUCCUCGGGGCCUGGUGCUGUCUGAAGAUAACCACACAUGCCAAGUCCCGGUGUCCUGCAAAUCAAACAUGAUUGAGGUGAACAUUCCCAGGGACCUGGUUGGUGGGCUGGAGCUCUUCCUGACCAACACCUCCUGCCGGGGGGUGUCCAAUGGCACCCAUGUCAACAUCCUCUUCUCCCUAAAGACAUGUGGCACCAUGGUCGAUGUGGUGAACGACAAGAUCGUGGCCAGCAACCUGGUGACGGGCCUCCCCAAGCAGACCCCCGGGAGCAGCGGGGACAUCAUCAUCCGCACCAGCAAGCUGCUCAUCCCCGUCACCUGCGAGUUCCCGCGCCUCUACACCAUCUCUGAGGGCUACGUGCCCCGCCUACGAAACGCCCCGCUGGAGAUCCUCAGCCGCAGCCACGGGGUCUUCCCCUUCACGCUGGAGAUCUUCAAGGAUAACGAGUUCGAAGAGCCCUACCGCGAGGCUCUGCCCGCGCUCAAGCUCCGCGACUCCCUCUACUUCGGCAUUGAGCCCCUGGUGCACGUGACGGGCUUGGAGAGCCUGGUGGAGAGCUGCUUUGCCACCCCCACUGCCAAGAUCGACGAGAUCCUGAAGUACUACCUCAUCCGGGAUGGCUGUGUUUCUGAUGACUCAGUGAAGCAGUACACAUCUCGAGAUCACCUAGCCAAGCACUUUCAGGUCCCCGUGUUCAAGUUCGUGGGCAAAGACCACAAGGAGGUGUUUCUGCACUGCCGAGUCCUGGUGUGCGGAGUGCUGGACCAGCGGUCCCGCUGUGCCCAGGGCUGCCACCGACGAGUGCGCCGCCAGGCAGGAAAGGGAGAGGAUGCCGCUGGUGCCCGGAGCCAGAUGCUCACAGGCGGCCCCAUCAGCAUCGACUGGGAGGACUGA